AUGUCCGGUCUUCUUGAAGACGUGCCAACCCCAUGCCCCUCUAGGCUGGGGGCCUCUCGAGUCGACCGCAGCAGCGCGGGAAGCGACUCGAUCCGAAGCAUGUGGGAAGAUAGUUUAGACUCCUGCGAAGACACUGCAAACAUCGAAUUCACGACCGAAAUCCAAGCCUCCAUCCUAACCGGUGCCAAACCCCGACGACGAACCAAGACCAACUCCUCCUCCACCUUUUCUAUCCACGACGAAAGCGAAGAGAAUCACGCUCCCGCGGCCAACAAGCGACGGAGGGACAAUGGAACAAUCGCUGCGCCUUCGAAUCGAAAGUCCUCGUUGCUGGCUCAGCCGGCUCAGCGGUUCCGACCUAAAGUUAGCCUCCCGGCUGCUUCGCCCGCAAAGCCGAUGCGAUCGCAAGGAGAAUUCGGGAGGACUCAGACGCGAAAGUUUGACGUGGAUAAGAACAAGGAGCUCUUGAUGCAGAUCAAUGGGAAUCCACAGGAGACACGCACCGAUAUGGUGAAGGACGUCCAUCGUGAUGCGGUGUAUGUUCCUCCGAACGAACCCACGGCGGCUAGUGUCUUUAUGGGCUUGUUUAGCCCGAUCAAGUCGGACUAUUUGGACCGUCAAUCUGAGACUACGAAACAUCCGAAUAUUGCUAGAAAACGACAUACGAAACCGUCCCUCGCGUCGUCCGCGCACCGAGCUCCAUUGCAGCCCAGCGCAAAGAUCAGCCAAGAGUCUCGCAUUCAUAUAGACGUUGUUGGGAAGAAUGGUGGAAAAGAGAAUAUUCCCCCGGGUACAAUUCUGGUCGACGGCAAGGAAAAGAAGUUUCCGUCCGCAAAGUUCGGAGAGACUCAUGACAACGCCUCGAAACCACAUAAACGAGCAGCGAACAAUGAGAUGCGUGCUCCCACGAGGCCAGCGGUCAGGCCAUUAGCUGCUAAAUCGGCCAAUGGGUCUCUCCAGAGAGCGAUGAACAACGUCAAAACAUCUUCGGCCAAGGCCGGUUUGAAAGAUAUCGUCAAGCCAAAGAUGAACACGGCGAGACGGCCACUGGCAGCGUCGACAGGAUCGACCCUUUCCAGCUCUCUGAAGCAAUCCAAAGGUUCUAUCGCUGGCUCUAGGACUACAGCUGCCAGAACUACAGCUGCCCGAGCUAACGCAAAGAAGCUGGAUUGCGAGUACCCGCUAAUUCAAGAGGAAAUCAAAAACCCAGCAUUGUACGAGGAUAAUUGGCUUUCGCAUCAAGAGAUAGUAAUCACGCAGUUGGUCAACGGGCUUUUCGAAUCCACGGAGAGCUCAACUUUCAGCGACCCUGGCGCUCAACGGCAUAGCCUCCUAGCGCUAUACCAAGAUCCCUCAUUUGCACAGCUUUACAAGCGUGUCCAGGCAUCUUUGCUGUACGGUGCAUUGAGCAUUCCAAGGGAUGUUCUUGCGCGAACCACCCGACUCAAGCGAGACCUGGGAAUGAAGAGGAAGUUUCUCGAUUUCUGGCUAAACACGUAUGAUCUUGGAAUCCUGAGAGCUGGAUUGGAAACAAUCACAGGCAGAAGAAUUGCCAACUCGAAAAUGAUGCAGGAGAGCACUGCCGGCUCCGAAGAUUCCAGCCUGAAGCGCAAGAUGGAAAAAUUCUUGGAUACAUUUCUGCUUCAGAACCAGGACAUGGAUCGAGACUCGAAAGAGCCAGAUUCUAAACUCCUCAGCAAGGCAUACCACCGAACUGUUUUCCGCAGUAUCAUGCUCAUCAUCCUUCUGGAUAAAGCGGCGACAGAAUCAGGUGCAAAACUUCCUCGUCUGUUUCUUUCUACGUCGCCACACAAAUCGUCCGCUGCGGUCCUCCAGGCCUUAGCCCGGUUUCUGCUGCCGUCGUCUGGGGAUGUCGUUAAAGCACUGAACCACCUGGACUGCCAUCUUACCUAUGAGCAGCAUCCGCUCCAAGAAUACGAGUACAGAAUCAGCAACCUUGCCGUUGACCUGAGGGACGGCGUUAGACUAACGAGGAUCGUGGAGUUGCUCCUCUUUCCUUCAGCGGCGCGCGAGCAUCCGUGGCCCCUUUCUCAAAACUUGAAGUUCCCCUGCUUGAGCCGUGCAGUCAAGGGAUUCAAUGUUGAAGUUGCUUUGAACGCUAUAGCUUCUUCAAGAAGCUCGCGCGGGCUACUGAGCAAUGUACGGGCGGAGGACAUCGUCAACGGACAUCGUGAGAAGACCAUCUCGCUUCUUUGGGGACUGGUUAGCAAAUGGGGUCUCGUCGAGCUCAUCAAUUGGAAUGACUUGAGCGAUGAGAUUCAUCGGCUGAAGCUGAAAGCCAGUCAGCAAUUUGGACACCAGAGCUUAACACAGGAUUGGUUCCAAGAAUUCGAUGCGACAGAUGAGAGCGAUGGACAUGUUCUCCUGCUCAAGCAAUGGGCGUCUAUUCUGGCGCAUCUGAAGGGUCUACACUUGGACAAUCUCAGCACCAGUUUUGGCGACGGCAAAAUCUACGAAAGCAUCGUGGACGAGUAUGAAGAGUACAUACUUCACGCAGAUCCAGAACCCCUGACCAGCGGAAACCCACUAUCCUUACAAUCCCGUCUCCGAACAUUGGGAUGCAGUGCACAUUUCGCGAACCUCAUCCACCCCAGCACAUCCAAACAUCACAUCCUAGACAGCGACUUCACCAUCGGCGCUCUUGCCUUCCUCUGCUCUCGCCUUCUCUCGGCCAGCAAACGCGCCCGCGCCGCGACGGUGCUCCAGCAGCGAUGGCGAGGCAUUCUUGCGCAUCGCGAUCUUCAGCGCCGGAUCGUCGCGCGAGAUGUGGCCCGGCAAUGCGCCGCCGUGGUACAGACCAGGGAGCGAGUCAUUUGGGCCACUUCAGUCAUUGUGCAAUGGUGGAGAAACAUGAAGGCGAAACCGCAGCGUCGAAACGGACGGACGUCCACUUUUUCCAGU